AAUUUCCUUUUCGGGCAAUCUUUACCGCUCCUACCCUUCAAAGUUUAUCUCCAUUUUCCCCUAUUCCCUUUUAGGUACCUUGACACCUGAUGAUUAUUGGGACCUGUCAGUCAUUUUAAUCAUUUCUGGGGUUUAUCGUAACACUUUGGCAGUUGCCAGAUCCCCUAGCCCAGGUACCUAGUCAGGUACUUUACAAUCCCAUCCAUCCAAUCCAUACACCCAUACAACCCAUACCAUACACUUCCAUUUUCAGUUCAGUGAGGGGGGGGAGAACAACGGACAACUGUGGAAUAGGACGCGACCCCUAAACUAUCCAUAUUCUGUCUUAUGACCUCAGCUGAUGUCUCUUCCUAGACCCUGCAUGCGUUGUUUUUUCUUGCUUUUUUUCCUUUUUCUAAAUUCCUAUUUUCUAUUCCAAUUAUUCGAGAUACACUGAUACCUAAGCUGAAGCCAAGAGAUAGCCCAGCUGAAUAUUCUUGUCCUGCUUGAUUCUCUGAGCCCUGCACGUGCUCAACAUUUCCUAAAGAGGCUUCAAGUGGCUGUUUUCACAUUGAACUAUCUAGGACUGAUUGACUGACACCGCCUAAAGAUCUCUAGUACGCGGCCUUCUUCUGAGAGGCCGUCGUUAUCUCCGCGCUCGCCCGUCAAUUCUAACAAGCCGUUACCAUCUCCGCCUCCUCCGGGCACAAUCGACAAAGUCGAUGGCAGACCUCGCAAGCCCGUGCUGAAGCUAAACCGCAUCAUGGCAGCACUAACCGACGCGGAGAUAGAGAAAUUGUUCUCCGGGGCUCCGCAAUUCUUCGCUAGGUCUCAAGGUCACGGAACCGGUGCCCCGCAUCCAUCCGUGGCUUUUCCUUGGAAUGAUGAGUUAGGCAUUAGAGAUUUGACAGAUCACGUCCAGAUCGGAGAUGAUGCCUGGGGUUGUGUUACCGCUGGUCCCCGGAUCAUUCUCCGGGAUCCCAUGUCCGUAGCAUCGCCGUCUGGGAGGAAGCGCCCUCAUUUCAAUGCGAAGUGCCAGGAACGGCCAAACAUGCUUAGCAUGCAAGGUCUUGAAAAGGGCACCAUUGGGUACCAAGCAGCUUUGGAGAUUUCUGUCGCCGAUGCUCUCCAGGAGGAACAGUAUGGGUUUGACAGCUUAGGUUCAAAAGGCCACGUCAUCGUAGAGCAGCGUCAAAGGCUCAUAACUUCCAAAGACGGCUUGCGGCAUCUAGAUGACUCGACUAUAAUGGAACAGCUGAUCAAAUCCGAAGAAAGGUACCGCGCGGAGCGAAGUGGUGUUCGAAUGAAAUCCCAGGACCUUUACAGCGAGUUGUUCACUAAAAUUCUCCACCCACCGACGAGGGUCAUUGACCCUAAGGAACCUUACAGUUUAGCCGUACAAAUCCAUGCCCUAGUGAAGGUACUAGGGGCCCCUAAUGCCUGGACUGAUUUCUCCCGUCUCGAAUGGAGGAUCCGUCUUGGCCAGAUUUUGUGGGCCUUCCCCUUGGACGAUGAGAUCUUCGACGGGGCGGCGAUCAAUGAAGGCAAUGAUGCCCAGGAUCGAAGUGAAGAGCGCUAUUGGUUCCUGCUUCAAAUUCUUCUUGCCUGUGAACUUCUUAUUCGAUUAGAUGCUAUCACCGAAGGUGAUGAAUGUGGCUUGGGUCAGAGUCUUAAGUCGUCUGAAGUACACAAGUUUGAGAAGGAGGCAAAUGUCUCAGUCAGAUGGUCGUUGAUCCUCGCCCGGUCGUGGCUAGAGAAUAUCAUGGUCACAAAGUCACAUACGAAUCAUUCCGAGCCAUCUACACCUAAGAGUUGGCUCUCUUCGUUGACAAGCAAGAUGAAUCUCAAACAUGAACACAUGUACGGAGCGCAUCAUGUUGAUCAUAGUCAAUACCGUCACAAUGGCCAAUCCGAGCAUGUAUAUGCGAUUCAAGGGAGAUAUAGCGAGAGACAAGUUUAUGGUUUGGUGCAUUUUGCGCGAAAGCUACGCUGGCCGGACAUACAAAUGUCCAGUGCAAAGGUAUUCGAGAAGGCGUUGGGGUUAGGUAGGGCCACGCCUAUCACUACGGCUCAUUCAUUUGAGUCGCGCCGCUCUUCAUACUUUUCUGGCGAUAGAUCAUCAGUGCAUGACAGGAGACAGCCAUCCAGAAGGCGGAACAUCGAAGCGGCUUUGCACUCAUCAGGCUGGUUCUCUAAAUCAUACGUGUCCGGUUUGAUCUUGCCGGGUGAAGUAUUAUCCCAUUAUCUAAUGUCAGCUUUACUUGAAGUUGACGAAAAUGUACUGGGAAGACUUGGCCCAAUGGCUAAUCUAAGCGGUGGCUUUGUCUAUAGCGGGAAGAGCUUUUGGAGCACGGCAUGUAUUGUAGGUCGUGUUCUAGCCGCUGGACGUGGUGCCGCAGAGUGUAUGGGCUGGAUAUCAAGCGACGUGAUCCCCCGAGGACUUGAUGAGGGCUGGGUUAAUGUUGCAGUAGACACAAUACCUGCCGAUAUUGCUCGCACGGGAAGAAAAGCCCGAAUAUAUGGCAAGACUACCAUCGAAAGAGAGUCCGAUGUACUCGGGGAUGCUGACCCUUCCAAUGUGCUCCCCGCCGACUUUAUCAUCCCAUACGAAAAUUCAUAUGCCAAUCCACCACCUUCAAACGUCAGAAUAGAACUCAAGUCCUUGAAUCUCUACGCCCCAAUAGACAGCGUAAGCACGACACCUACAGCUGAUAAGGGAUUCCAUCCCUUCUCCGAUUCCACCAAGGAAAAGGCCCCAGAAAUCCAUACCUAUCCCGCUUCUGUAACAUUUACAAUGUCACACGAUGCACUUGACCAGGAAGAAUACCACAAUUUUGCCCUGUCUAAUGACGUUUAUUUUGUUACAGCACAUCCUUGUGUUGCCUCUAGUUAUGUUAAAUACUUUAAAUCGCCUACAAGCCCUACCAUCCAACAAAUCGACGUCGGUGGCCACGACCUUAAUGGGAAGUCUUCUAGUCCAGCGCACAUUACAGGUCAUCCCCUACAUCGAUUCUACAACUACGCCGCGAUCCACCUCACAGACCUUAUCAGACAUCCUACCGCAACUCUAGAUGAAUUAUUAAGCAAAAGCGCGCCCAAUGGCCGCUCCAAUCACUCGUCACCCUCUGCCGCCAGCAGGCUUCCCCGCUUUCUGGUCAUCGAUUGUGUAACAGGAUUUGCCCCACCUUCAUCUCCGGAUAUGCCCUCUCUUUCUCGCAUGUCCUCGCUCUCAUCAUCCUUCGGCAUGGAGCCUACUAGCGUACCCCCUAUCCGGAUGCCCGGUUCUCUAGACUUAGAGCGCCGACCAAGUACGGCCGCCUCGACCCGCAGUAGGGUUGAGCGAAUUGACCCCCCGAGUCCGAGCCCCUCGUCUAGGAUGCGCCUCGGAACUCGAAGGAGACAAUUCGGAUCCGACCUUGAGAUUCUCGUGCGCGCAUUAUGCGCCGAGAAGGGAUGGAAUGCGAUUAUUAGUCGUCGUAGGAGGGGUUGUCUUGCGUGCGCUAUCCGAGAGGCUGGAGCUCUGGGAUGGAAAGUCAUCGUCCGCGUCGAGUAGGCACCUUGAAAUAAGGAAUGUGGAAAACGGCGAGAGAAGUAUUAAUCAUAAUAAUGCAGAGGUAUUGGUACGGUAUUAAAGUCACGAAUGAAAUGGAUUAUGAAAAAUUGCAGCAUUGCAGGGAAAAUCAACCCACUGUUCGGAAACGGUUUACGACAUGAGAUGGGCAUGAGGGGUUGUGUAUAUAAUGGUUGCCGUCGCUUCUUUUUGUACAUCUUGCGAGAUACCCAGCUCCCCACGCUAAUAAUAAAAAAGGAGUUUAACACUUUGGA